CUCCUCAGCCUUUGAAAACUCAGAGAGCUCAAUUAAAAGACCAUGUCCGCCAUCGGGCGUCUGCUGUCUUCGGUGUCCUUAUUUAAACCAAAUUCUCCAUGAAAUAGCAUUGUCCCGGGGCCUCCACAAUGGCCAGUUCGGUGAGUAGGGCUUUAGCUGCUACAGUAUCUGUGCAGUGUUUGGGAUCUCCAGCGCCUCUGUUCGUUUUCAUCAGGAUUGGGGUGCCGUUCAGGUGAAACUGGAACUCGGUCAUCGUGCCCAGCUCCGAAAGAAACCCACAGUGGAAGGUUUUACGCACGACUGGAUGGUGUUUGUCCGCGGACCAGAGCACAGCAACAUUCAGCAUUUUGUGGAGAAAGUCGUAUUUCAUCUGCACGAAAGUUUCCCGAGACCAAAAAGAGUGUGCAAGGAUCCACCAUAUAAAGUUGAAGAGUCUGGAUACGCUGGAUUUAUCUUGCCUAUUGAAGUUUACUUUAAAAAUAAGGAGGAACCAAAAAAAGUGCGCUUUGACUACGAUUUGUUCCUGCACUUGGAGGGUCACCCACCUGUCAAUCAUCUCCGCUGUGAAAAGCUCACGUUCAACAACCCUACUGAAGAGUUUCGCAGGAAGCUGCUCAAGGCUGGAGGGCAACGGGAUCCUCACAAAAGAUCUUCAGAGGACUCUAAAGUAAUGGUAAUGCAGGAGGGCUCUACUUCUCUGUUCGGGCAGCAUCUAAAGCUGCCCACAUUACCCAGCAGCUCAUUAACAUUGACCUUCUCUGAUGUGAAAAAGAGCAAGUCUUUCCCAGGAUCAAAGGACGGGUCGAAAAGCAGCAGUGCUCUUACAACCACAAACAAUAUCAGCAGCAGCUCCCUCAAACCCCACAAACCAUCUAAGGACCAUAAGGACAAGCCUCCCAAAGACUCAAAGGAGUCCAAAUGUGCCUUCAGAGAUUUCAGCAAGGACUCUGGAAAACUCUGUAAAGAUUCUAAAAAACCCAAAGAGAAUCAACCAAUUCAGGAAGACCGCCCCAUUCCCCAAAUGGGAUUCAAGGAGCCCAAGACCACAUCGAAGGAGCAACGUUCAUCGGAGGGUAGCUUCUCAAGCUUGGGACAGAGUAAACGGCGCCCUGUGUUGGACAGUGAAGGCCAUGUUACCAAAAAACAGAAAAGCAGUUUUUCAGAGAGCUCGCAAAAGCAGCAAGCGAGUCCUAACUUGCUACAGCAUCUCCAUUCGGAUAAAAAGAUUUUGAAAGACAAGCCGCAAGUCCGGCAUAGUAGGUUACAAAACAGUCAACUUUCAGAGAAGAGAAAACCAUCAGCAUUACCGCCCUUCCAGGAUGUGUUGGACCCGAAUGACUCUGACAUGGAUGAUAACACAUUCACAAGAUCAGAUUCGGAUCAGCCCAGUCCAGCCAGCUCCGGUUCCAGUUCAAGCUCCAGCUUUGGACGCACACACAAACGGCAAGUAUUGGGUCCUUUGCGGUCGGUGAUCCCAGAUUUGCACUCGGAUGAAAACGAAGAGGAUUCGGAAGAGGAGGACGAUAAUGACAUGGACUCAGACAUGGAGCGACCUUUACACAUGCAGAUGACGCAUCGCCACCGCAGGGUGAGUUUAAGUGACGGCAGUGACAGUGAAAAUAGCUCUGCCUCUUCACCACUGCCCCAUAAUGACCCCCAACCUCUACUGAAAACCGCCAAUAAUCAGAUACUUGAGGUGAAGAGUCCUAUGAAACAAGCAAAGAUGGACAAAAAUAAAAACAUUGACUGUGACAAGGCAUACUUGGAUGAACUGGUUGAGCUUCACAGAAGACUAAUGGCACUAAGGGAAAGGCACAUAUUACAGCAGGCUUCAGGAACCGCUGACUUCUAUCUUCAGUGUCAUAACAGGCCUCUGGGUCUCCCUGUGUUUCUGGCCUGCAUUCAAGGGGAAACUGAAGAAAUUCCUUCCAUAUGCGGCUUUCGCUUUGUAGUGCGAAACCGAUCAGAUUGUGAAUCUCAUUGAGGAAACGGGACACUUUCACAUCACAAACACAACUUUUGACUUUGACCUCUGCUCUCUGGACAAAACCACAGUUCGGAAGCUGCAAAGCUACCUGGAGACUUCCGGAUCAUCUUGAAGACUUGUGCAGCUGGCUGCCACGAGGAGGAAUAUCACACCUUCCUUUUGUCCUCCCUUUGUUUUUUCUCCUAAAUUGAAACUUGUAAGGCAAUGGAAAGGAUCCGCUUUCCUUCCAGAUCUCCUCUCGUCUCUCGAAAGGCCUCCGAAAUUGAAAACAUUAUUACAUGAGUCUGGAGAUCCUUAUGCUUCACCUGGACUUCACCCAAAAAGCCUUGAUAAUCCGACAUUGCCAAAAAAUGUUCUUGCUCCGAAACAGAAUACAUUUGUGUAUAUUGUAUGAAUGUUUGAUAAGUUUUUUGGGAUGAAUGCAUGUUUCAACACUGCCUUAUCCCAUUGUCUAUUUAUUGAGUAUGAGUUUCAAGUGUGUGUUUGUGUGUGUGUAAGUGCAAAUGAUAUUAAACUUGUGCAAGCACUUGGGAACAUCAUCUCAUCUGCAAUGAAACGUCUGUUUUUUAUGCAUCACAAGCAAUGAUUUUCAUGCUGUACCACAUGUAAAAUGAACAGUUUCAGAUUAUGCUGGAUGGAGGAAGACUUUAAGCCCUAUUAAUCAAUGAAUUGCACAUUGUCUGCAAACUCUUUCUAAAAUGUUUCCCUGUUAAAUAAUGAACAAUAUUAUAAUGGUUUUCAGUGUAUCAUCUGGAAGGAGGCAGAUUCUUAAGCAAAUCCAAUAACAUCUAUCCUAAAUGUUUCUUAACGUUAUUGCAGUAAGAAAGUGUAUUAUUGAAUCUUCUAAUGUUAUUGGGGACCACAGUUCAUCCCUAUGGCUGUCCAUUGGUUGUCCCCAAACCACUGGAGAAGAGCCAAGUCUUAAUUGUAAUUUGGGAGUUCUUUGUUAAUCUGAGGAAUUCCAGAAGUUAUCACAGUUUACUUUUCCGUUCCAUUGUUUUUUGGUUUUUAAUUCGAUCAUUUGAUAGGCCAGUGUGAGUGCAGUCGAGUUGUAGCACUCAAGUUCUGCUUUGUGCAAAAGCAACCACGUUCACAAGAUGAGCCAGCCAGAAAUCAGCCAGCCAGAAGUGAUGGUGGAGCACUGUGAAGUGUUUGAAUUUAUCAGAUAACUUCAAAAAAAAAAAAAAGUUUUUGCUGAAAUGAAAAUCAUGCCUUGUACACUUUAUAAUCGUUUAUUUCCCAGAUUCAUUUUCUCUUCAGCUUCUAGUUUAUCUAUCAUUAUAAAAAGUUUAUAUGUGUAUAUAAACUUAUAUGUGG